AUGGCUUCCUCUGGAGCUGCUCUGCUCUCCGCCGCCUUCAUUGGUAUCGUUCCUGGCUACAUCUCUCGUUCAGUGGCCGGAUCUUACGACAAUGAAGCCAUUGCCAUCUUCCUCCUCAUGUCGACCUUCUACCUCUGGAUCAAGGCUCUGAAGACUGGCUCGACCUUCUGGGGCACCUGGGCUGCCCUGUUCUACGGCUGGAUGGUUGCCGCCUGGGGAGGAUACGUGUUCAUCACCAACAUGGUGCCCCUUCACGUCUUCGUGCUCCUGCUCAUGGGCCGCUACAACAACCGUAUCUACUCGGCGUACUGCUCGUGGUACGUCCUGGGUACCAUUGCCUCCAUGCAGGUCCCCUUCGUCGAGUUCCUUCCGAUCCGUACCUCAGAGGGUAUGGCUGCUCUGGGAGUCUUCGGCCUUCUCCAACUCGUUGCCUUUGUCGAGACCUGCCGUCGUCUGGUUCCCGACAAGGCCUUCACUGUCCUUCUUCGUGCCUUCGUCGUUCUCGUCGCCGUUGUCGCCUUCAUCGCCCUCGUCCUUCUCACCUUCUCCGGCUGGAUCGCCCCAUGGACCGGCCGUUUCUACUCUCUUUGGGACACUGGCUACGCCAAGGUUCACAUGCCUAUUAUUGCCUCCGUGUCUGAGCACCAGCCCACCGCCUGGCCUGCUUACUUCUUCGACCUGAACUGGCUUAUUUGGGUCUUCCCCGCCGGUCUCUUCUGGUGCUUCCGCUGGCUCCGUGAUGAGCACGUCUUUGUCAUCAUCUACGCCGUCUUCGCCGCCUACUUCUCGGGUGUCAUGGUUCGUCUCAUGCUCGUCCUGACCCCGGUCGUUUGUGUUUCUUCGGCUAUCGCGAUCUCCAAGCUCCUCGAGGCUUACCUCGACCCGAAGCUCGAGGUCGAGGAGGCUGCUGUGGCAGCUCCGACCAAGAAGGCCGCCAAGAAGGGCAAGCCUGCUGAGACAUCCGCUUUCCAGUUCACCGGCUUCAUGGCUGGCAAGAAGGCUAGCGGCGUUUGGUCGUGGGAGUCGCGUGCUCUCGUCGUCGGCGUGCUCAUGUACUUCAUGAUCUUCUUCGUGAAGCACUGCACGUACGUGACUUCGACCGCGUACUCGUCGCCUUCCGUGGUGCUUGCGUCGCGCAACCAGGACGGCUCGCAGAACAUCAUCGACGACUUCCGCGAGGCGUACUACUGGCUGCGCCAGAACACCGAGAAGGAUGCCGUUGUCAUGUCAUGGUGGGACUACGGCUACCAGAUUGCUGGCAUGGCCGACCGCGCGACGCUCGUCGACAACAACACGUGGAACAACACCCACAUUGCCACCGUCGGCAAGGCGAUGGCCUCGAACGAGGACAUUGCAUACCCGAUCCUGCGCCGCCACGAUGUCGACUACGUGCUCGUCAUCUUUGGUGGCCUGCUCGGCUACUCUGGCGACGACAUCAACAAGUUCCUCUGGAUGGUCCGCAUCGCCCAGGGCGAGUGGCCCGAUGAGGUGCAGGAGGCCAAGUACUUUACGCCACGGGGCGAGUACGCCGUUGACGACCGGGCGUCGCCGACGAUGCGCAACUCGCUCAUGUACAAGAUGACGUACCACCGCUUCCCCGAGCUGUAUGGCGGGCACCCGGCACAGGACCGGGUGCGCGGCCAGCGCAUUCCCGAGCACGGGACGCACGAGCAGCUCGAGACGAUUGAGGAGGCGUUCACGUCCGAGAACUGGAUCGUCCGUAUCUACGCGGUCAAGAAGGAUGACCCCUUCGGCCGUAAGCACAAGGACGCCAUCCAGUUCAACAAGGGCUUCCUCCGCCAGGGAGACAGUAAGUAG